UUGCCUCCAUAGGCCACGAGAUGCAGCCUGUCAAAGUGGCAAAGCUGCGUGACUGACAGCGACACCGAAUCGCUGAAGGUUAUUUAUUAGCGUAUUCCAGUAACCUCCGAGAAGAAAAAGGACAAAAGACGACAGAAAGUGACCGCAGUCGUAAAGCAUGAGCCCCGAAAACAAUGAGCCAACCCGCCGGCAGUGAAGCGCAGAGGCAAAAUUACUCGGGAGUCCAGGACCAGGAGCGAGCGGCGCCUCCGAAAGAACACGGCAGUGAUGUUCUUAGUGGGCUCGAGGAAGAAGACGAAGCGGAUGAAACUGACGAUGUACAGAAAGGAAAGAGGAAGCACGUCUCUCUAUUAUUGUGCCACUGGCACCGGCGAGAAGAUCCGAGCCAGGCAUGGAUGGCGGAGAACCGCGGCACGCAAGACACAGAAAGGAAGCGUACCUGUACCUGUGUUGGCAUUGGUUUGGUCUAUGCCUUGAUGGCAUCACUUUUAUUUUCAGUGAUUGCUCUUUUAGCAAAGAAGAUAGAAGGGGUCCAUGCAGUGGAAAUUAGUGCAAUCCGAUGUUUCUUCCAGAUGCUGUUUGUGCUUCCUGCCCUUAUAUAUUACAAAAUUGGAUUUUUGGGACCAAGGAACCAAAGAAUCUUUCUGUUUCUGAGAGGGUUUCUGGGUGCAGGUGCAAUGAUUCUUUUCUUCUAUGCUGUACAACAGAUGCCCCUGGCUGAUUCAACAGUCAUCGUAUUCAGUAAUCCUGUCUUUACGGUAGUGCUGGCAUGGAUUUUCCUUAAGGAAAAAUGCACGAUAUGGGAUUUCAUUUUCAUCAUUUUCACACUGGCUGGUGUUGUCCUGAUUGCACGGCCCCCAUUUCUCUUUGGCUCCCAUGCAGCUGGGAUGGAUGGAGAAUAUACCAAUCAUAUUAAAGGAACAGUUGCUUCUUUUCUAGGUGCAGUGUGUGUGGCAUCCACAUUCGUUGUUCUCAGGAAAAUGGGAAUGAGCGUACAUUACUACUUGUCUGUGUGGUACUAUGCUGUUGUUGGUUUUAUUCAGUGCAUGAUUGUGUUAGUUAUCAUUCAGGAUUGGAGUCUACCUUUUUGUGGCAUAGACAGAUGGCUUUUAAUUUUAAUAGGUCUGCUGGGUGUAUGUGGCCAGACCUUGAUCACUAAAGCACUACAGCAUGAAAAAGCUGGCCCUGUUGCUCUAGUGAGAACCGUGGACGUAGUAUUUGCUUUUAUAUUGCAGUUUAUUUUUCUUAAUCAGAGUCCAACUUGGUGGAGUUUGGGUGGGGCGCUAUGUGUGAUUGGCAGCACAAGUGGAGUUGCUCUUCGUAAAUGGGUUCAAAGUAUACGAAAAAGGUAAACCUGAAUUAAGAGUAGCCUCUUAAAAUUCAUGCAUAAGCAUAGUUUACAUUUAUACUAAGCUAUCAUAAUAUUAAGGUGCUGCAUACUUUAAUAUUUUUUAAGUUGAUUGUUUAAAAGAAAAUAAAUCUAGUUUUUAGAGGGAUUUCCAUUUAUUUUUAUGUGCACUAUUAUUAAGUCCAGCCCGUAUUUGUUGUAUGUUCUUUGAAUGGUUUUUAGUUUUCCAUCUUGUCUGUCAGUCACCUCAUACUGUAGCCUCUCUUUGCAGUUUAGGCCAUCAUUUUAAUAAAAAUGUUGUCAUGGUCCGCCAUCACAGGUAUCCACCCCAAAAGGUGCUUUGUUUGUCAUAUAACCUUCAAAUUAUAUGCACUUAAAAGAGUUAGACAGGUAUACAAUCAGCAUAACAUAAAUGCACUUAAUAAUCUGUCAUUUUAUGUGGUAUGUUGUAUUUAGAAGAAAUGGUUAUUUUAUCUGAUUAAACUACUGUGAAUUGUACAUUAGAUUAAUUUCUCAUCUUACUAUACAGUUUUAUUACACUACAUAUGGCUGAAAAAACAAACCAUAAAGAGUCAGGGUUGUUUGCAGAUAAAAUAUUAGUUGUUCUACAAAGCUUUCUGUUUAGUUUAUAGAAAUUAACUAAUGUGGGAUAGAGUGUAGAGUAAAAUGGAGAGAACAGUAUUUAAUUGUUUUUAAAUAUGCAAAUAUUUAUUGUUUGCCAUUUUAUAACAUGCCACUUUAAAACUGCAAUAUUUUAUGAAAUUCUGAAAAUUUUUAAAAUAAUUGAGUGGUUUUGUGUAAGUGCUAAUACAAAAAAGAGAAAAAUAAGAAAAAAUGUGUUUCUCAGGGAUACAUUUUUAAAAGCACCUUUGAGCUUGUUUGCUUAUGUUUUUCAGUUUUUAUACCAAUGUAAAAUCCUGUUACUACUUUGGAAAUGAAGCAAUAUCUCACGGUAAAACCUUGUUUAACAGCGUGAUGUGCAAAAAACGUACAUUUCAAAAAUCUAACAAUAAAAAUAAUUCAUCUGUUGAAAGAGACAGUGCAUUUGCAUUAAUUACUUUGUAAAAUUUACAUGAUUCACAGAGGAUGCACUUUGAAUGCUUGUGUUUUUGUUUGGAUAAAAUUAAUGAAUAAUGGGAGUCAGCAGUCUCAUUCCACAAAGAUACAGUGGAAUGGCAUUAGUAGAUCAACUUCUGUAUUUGGAAACUUCACACAUUUAAUUGUUUUUUUGCAGAUUAUUAUAUAACACUCUGUUGUAAAACAGUCAUUUUUUAGAGUUACUUUACAUAUUGUAACAAAUUGCUCCAUAUCAAUAUAAAAACAGUUAAAAUGACCAGUAUCUACAGUAUUUGUAAUGCUUGUAUUGCUUUCUAUAAAAUGUUUAAGGAGGUUUAGUAGAUUUUUAAUCAUUUUCAGUAAGUUCAGUCAUAAUUACAUUAUAAUUGUCCAUCCAUCCAUUUUCCAACCCGCUGAAUCCAAAUACAGGGUCACAGGGGUCUGCUGGAGCCAAUCCCAGCCAACACAGGGCACAAGGCAGAAACCAAUCCUGAGCAGGGUGCCAACCCACCGCAGGACACACACAAACACACCCACACACCAAGCACACACUAGGGCCAAUUUAGAAUCACCAAUCCACCUAACCUGCAUGUCUUUGGACUGUGGGAGGAAACCGGAGCACCCGGAGGAAACCCACGCAGACAUGGGGAGAACAUGCAAACUCCACGCAGGGAGGACCUGGGAAGCGAACCCAGGUCCCCAGGUCUCCCAACUGCGAGGCAGCAGCGCUACCCACUGCACCACCGUGCCUCCCAUUAUAAUUGUGGUAAUGAUAUUUUUAGUAGGCCUAAGGUUGCAAAAGGGAGUGAAAUUCAAAUAUGAUUUUUUACCAUGCUUACAGCAAUGCCUUUGAGCUGUUUGUUGACACUUCCAUAAGAAAAGUGAUUUGCUAAUAACAAAAAGGAAAAGAUAACUUGGUGUGCAGCCAAAACCUACUUUUUCUUAGUUUUUAAAGUCAGGUGAACUUUAGUAUGUCCCACCUUUGUUUAAUAAAGUGAGCAAUUUCUGCUUUGUUAUAAUAUUGCUACAGUAUAUUGCAGAUAUUUUUUGACUGUUUUGUUAAUAAACUGUGCUGUAUUUACAAAGGAGCAGAGUGUCACAUGUCUGCAUCCACAAAUGAACAAUGACUAUUUGAAAAUCCAGUGUAAGAACUGAAACAUAAAUUUUCUUUGGCUAUGAUGUGUUUAUGGUUUGAUUGAGCUGUGCAUAAAAAGUCAUUCCAUUCCUAGCUCUUUCACUCAUAAUUGGAGGCUAUGUUAAUUUGUGUAUCAUUUCUGUUUUUAAAAAGUAGGUAAUGUAUUUAUAUUUUUAUAGAAUUCAUUGUAAACCUAACACAACUGACAUACAAAAUAUAUGAUGGUAUUAUUUAUAGAGAUUUUCUGUAUGAUUUAGAGUUUUCUAGUCUGUAAUGAAUAUAAUUAUAUUGUGGUGAAUAGUUUCAAAAAUUAAAAUAUUUUAA